AUAUAUUUAUCACAUUUUAAGUGUAAAAAUGUUGAGGGAUUUUAACACAGCAAAAAUGAAUGUUUCUUCAAAUUGACUUCGUAAUUGAUUAAUUACGUUAGUGUGUAUAAUUACGCGGCCAUUUUAUGCCGCUUAAUCUCCAUCAGAGAUUGGACGUGUCUCGAUGUCGUCUCAAACUCGUCUUAUUUGGAGCGCUGCGCAAUGUUUUCCCGAAUGUCGCACGUACUACGAUUGUUUAUCCGCCAUUUUGUUCUGCUGUCGUAUGUGUGCGCGCAGUUUUCGCUCUCUAGUGUAGCUGUCUAUUUAUAAAAUGACCGCAAGCUAUUGAAGCGAAUUAGAUUGUGCGUCGUUUCACUAAUCUCCUGCGUACGCUUGUGAAAAGUAUCUUAUCGCUCGAAGAAUGUGAGGACCCAGUCACACUCCCAGGAUGUAUCGUGAUGGCAACCCGUGACAAGUUACAUCUGACCCAACUUUCCUGACUUUUGAGACCAAAUGACGAUUGUUAAAUAAAACGGCUGAUUUUUGCCUCGUUCGUCAUGAUGUUAGGGCAGAGUGGUGGACAUCGAAUGUGUUUGGCCAAACUCAACGAUCAACUAACAUGCAAAUUAUGUGGUGGAUAUUUUAUCGAUGCCACUACCAUCAUAGAAUGUUUACAUUCAUUUUGCAAAAGUUGUAUUGUUAAAUAUUUGGAGAAUAAUAAGUAUUGUCCGAUCUGCGAUGUACAGAUUCAUAAAAGUAAGCCACUACUAAAUAUACGUUCUGAUCGUAUAUUACAGGACAUUGUUUAUAAACUGGUACCUGGAUGUUAUCAAAAUGAGAUGCGAUGUCGAAGAGAAUUUUACGCAAAACAUUCAGAAGUAUGUACUCAAGCCAUGUCUCCGGAAGAACGUGGAGAACCUGUAGAAUCAUAUAUAUACUCUCCAGAUGAAUCUCUCUGCUUGUCCUUGGAAUACUAUAAUCCUCAUAUGAAAGAUUUAAAUGAAAUAAAUGUCGGGAAAUCCCUUUUAAGGCGAUAUUUUCGGUGUCCUGCAGCAGUUACAGUAUUUCAUUUACAAAAAUUAAUAAGAGCCAAAUAUGGUCUUGGUGAUGCAAAUAAAGUCGAUAUAAUGUACGGGGAAAAACCGUUAGACAGUAGCUUAACAUUAAUGGAUGUGAUGUAUAGCCACCAUUGGAAACGGAAAGAACCAUUACAUUUAAGCUAUAGGAUAUUUGAGACAGCUUCAAAACGCCUGAAAUUAUCCGAAGAUAAUGCAAGCUACAAACAAUCAUUAAUGGACGCUGGCAUUGAUUAUAUAGAGUUAAAGGAUGAGAAAUCGUUGAAACGCGAGUGGAAAGAAGUGCAGUUAAAAAUAUCAGAAACAGGUGUGAUGAGUGUAACUGAUAUAUCAAAUACUGUACAUAAAAGGGAUGCGGGAAUCGAGAAUUUACGUGAUGAGAAAACUUCAGAGAAAACUAUAAAUACCGUUGCGGAAAGUAAUAAAACAGAUUUGAUAGAAAAUAGUGGUACAUCUUCUGUAGAAGUAAUUUCACCCACUUUGAUCAUUGAUACGCAAAUGACGAAAAAUACAAUAUUUUCCGAUUCGAGCAACACAUUCCUUGUUGCGAAUAAUGACGUUAAAUUUACAAGUGAGAAUUCGUCGACUAAGAACUGUGUAUUGCUAACUAAUCAACACAACGGAACUACGAGACAGGCGAAUGAAAUGAGAAAUUGCACUGCCUCUGCAAAAUUGCAGCAGGAUGCACAAGAAGUAAAAACUUGUAUUGAAAUUACUAAAAUCGAAGACAAACCUGAGACAGUUUCGCAAGGGCAAAAAGAUAUUGGUCACUCGGCGACGCAAUUUACAGAGGAAAAUGCAGUUGUCGAAACUGCGGAAAAGAAAGACGCACAUGUGAAAAAGAAUUCGAUUAAUAAUAACAAUAGUGCGGAUUUCCAGGCUGAAUCUCAGGAGUGUAUAAAAAAUUCAAAUGAGACAAAAAUGGGAGAGCAAGCCGGGUCAAAAAUUGAUGCAUUGAGCGUAAAAUUACAAUUUCAACCGAAAAUGGGUCAAGUUAGCAACACUUAUUCUAAAAAAGCUCUAAAGGAGAAACGAGCGACUCUUCAGCAGAAUACGAAGAAGUCUGAUGUAAAGUCGUCAACCGAGGAUAUAAAAUUUCUUGACGCAAAGACGCCGACCAACUAUGGAAAUAUAACAGAUAAAGUCACGACAAUUCCUUCAUUGCAAAAAUUGGCUGUGUCCACAGUGGUAUCUCAAAAUAUUUCAGAUUUUUCGUCCAUAUCUAAUAAGCAAAAAGCUUCUCUUCACGAGAAGGAUAAUCAAAUCGAUUUGCAACAGGCUCUGAAUUUGUUAGAACAGAAAAACUCAUCGACAUUGACGGAAUCCGCCCCGAAAACGAGUCAAGUCACGUCUGGUGUAGCUAAUCAAAAGUUACAGAAUAAUAGUGUAGCCGCAAUGAAUGAAGCUGUUGUAUCCACUGUUAUACCGAAUGUUUCUACAUCCACGAUUAGUCAGACAACAUCUACGUUUCCUUACAUGCUUCAUGAUGUCAUAACUAACUCGGUCGUCCUGAAAUCGGCGCUAAAAAAUUCCAAUAGCAUACCUCAGAAACCAUCGAGAGUGUCACCUGUCGUUUGUUCGACGUCCAACAGCCAGAUGUCGGUGCCUCAGUUCAACAUAUCGCAACCAUCAUCUGUAAAUGUGUACUCCGUACCUACAUCACUGAAGAAUAACGUAAGCCAAGAUGUAACUACCAUAACGGCUACGUCGACAGCGACGAUCACAACGACAGCGAUGUCGAAACCAAUGGCGGCCAACACGUGUCCGAUACCCCCGUGUCCGGACGCGAUCCCUAUAUCUUUAAUGAAGUCCAUGCGCAAACAGCAGGACGUAACUGCGAAAGGUACCAAUCUGAAUGAGAUUUGCGCAAAGAUUGGUUUCAACACGAUUGGUUCGAAGAUCAAUGAUAUCUGCGCAAAGAUAGGAGAGAACUCGAAGGAGAAAAACCGGAUGGACGCGCAUGGCAUUAAGCCGGAUGUGCCCGAUCUGCUCAGAAUAAGCGCAAAGAAGACAUCGUUAUUAUCUAAUUCGGACGCCGCGGCAGGCAUUAAACAUAUACCAAAUAUUCCGAAUGUACCGGUGUAUACUCCGAGCGGCAACGCAACGACAAUGGAAAACAAAAAUGCCGCAGUCAAAUCUAUUCUGCCUCCUACGUCGACGUCUGCCAGCGGCACGUUGGCGAUAUCAACGUCCCAGAGACUUGCGCCGCUCAAGAAGCAGAAUCAAUCAGUUGGAUACAAGACGCUGCGUGAUCCGCCCAAAUCCUGGAAUCCGACUCUGUCGAAAAAUAAUUACGUAGCGGUGAAAAAUCAGGCGAAAGAGAUGCAGAAUCAAACACAAACCUCUGUGUCCGAAGGUACGAACAAGCAAAUCCCAUCUAAACCCGCUAAGAUCUUCAAGAUGCGAAACAUGCCGCGAUACCUGGGUAAUCCGGCAUCAGGUGUGAAGCCCAUGUACGGAGUAACGAACGACACGAAGGAGAAGGAACAGUCGACCAACACGAAGAGUGCCAAUACUCUUAAUAUGAUGAAGAUCGAUCCCAAGACCCUGUCGCCCAUCGUCUCGACAAUUAAUUCACCGAUCGUCUCGCCGCCGCCCUACUCGCCAAACGCCCGCAGUUAUCAAAACACGCCAUUUUCACGCGACAUAUGCCGCAACACCGGUUCACCCAUAUCGCCGAGAAAUUCUCCGGUGAAUAUGCUGUCAACUAAUCCAUUCAUACCAUCACCUACACCGAACACGAAUCCACGAAUUAUAUACUCGCACUUUCCGCCGCCGUUUCCGGAUGCCAGCCGUUUUCCGAAUCCCCUGAUUCGAUCACCCAUCGGCAUUCCACCUCCCAGUGCCUUCCACAGCAGUCUACCCCCUUCGAUCAACAAACUGUAUCAGCGGUCAAGUUACAUACCACAAACUACCGGCUACGCGCCGGUGGUCGGUCAGCCACCGACGGUACAGAGAAUACCACCCAGCACGCAUUCAUCCUCGCCAAAAUCGCCCAAAGUCUCGUCACCCAGUUCGAUGUCAUCUACGUCGUUCAAUCAGGGGAAAGCAGCGGAAUCGCAGUCACCAGUCACGACGUCGUCGGUGGACAGCGUCGCGCUGCUUCUUUCCAAAAGCGUGGCGGCAACCGUAUCGGCGGUGCCGGUGCCUGUAUCUGUGUCACUGCAACGAGAGCUCAAUGCAUUCAAUCUAUCCAAAACUGGUGCUGGCUUGUCGUCGAGUCAAACGACCUCCAACGUCAACGUCAAAAUGUCUACGAUAUUGGAUGCGAAAGACACCAAUGUCGAGACGCAACUCCCCAAACCAAAUUCCUCGAUGUCGCUCAACCUGACGGAGAAUUCGACUGUGUCGAACGGCGCCAAUGAGAGAAAAAGUAAGGAAAUGGAAGCGCGAAAAGCACAGGAGACGGCGCAAUGUAAAGACGAUAAUUCGAGAACAAAGUCUAUGGAGACAAAAUGCAGUAUCCAAGUCGCUGAUAAUGUUGCGAUUUCGCAUGAUAAAAAGGAGAAAAAUCAAGUGGCCAAGAUCAACGGCGAUGUUACGACGGAACAGUUCACAAAUAAGAAAUCUAAAGAAGAUAAUGGUAACGACGAAACGGCGACAACGGUAGAGACGACCAAACGAGAUUGCCAGGUGGAACGGUUCUCGUCCAAAGAACGGAAUAGUAUUUCGAAGAGUAACACUCAAGCUAAUGUCAGUAUCUCGCCGGCGGACGAUUCUAAAAGCGAAGAUCUUGGCAAGAGUGAUGAGAUACAGGGUAACAAAUCUGAAGUACAAAAAAGUAAAGCAGAGACGUGAUCAUGAAAUAAAAAAAUUUGUCUUUAGAUGCGACUUGCAAAAGUUUAGCUAGUAUGUAUCAAUUGCAUUUAAUUUGACACAAUGUGGCUUAAGUGUAGAGUGAAUCUUGAAUAAGCUUGUACAUGGCCCAUGUUCUGACAUUUACUGCCAGUAAUUCGAAUGUUUACAUCCGCAAUUGAGUAUAUAUAAAUAUCCAAAUAUAUAUGUACAUAUGUAUUUCCUACAAAAGCCAAGCAAAAAUUUAAAUUUUCACGAAAAAUAAAUUUCAUUUUCAAACCA